GGGCCCACGCACCUGCGGCCCCAUAAAAAGCGGCACCGGAACCCCAGAGUCGCCACAGUCCCGAGUCGUUCCCGGGUCGCAGCCAGCCGCCGCACUCCGUCCUCCCAGCCAUCACCAUGAAGUUCGUGGUGCUGCUCGCAGCGGCUCUCAGCGUCGCCUCUGCGGUGCCUACUGGAUUCGUUCGCCCGAACCCGGUGCGGACCACUACCACGACCACUACGACGACCACCACGACGCCGGCUCAACCCGAAGGCCUUGCCACUGAGACGAAGGCGCUGGCCGGCGGCAAGCUGAAGACGGUCGGCAACGCACUGGCGCAGGUGGCCGGCGGCUCCAACACCGUGGAGCGCCAGGAGUCGCAAGAGAGCGCCGCCAACGCGCGCGUCCAGAUCGACGCGCAGCGGGCCGCCAUCGGCCAGGCGAAGGCUGCCUCCAAGGGCCGCUCGGACGUGCUCAGCCAGGCUAACAGCGAGCAGGCCAGCAGUGACACGCGGGCGGCGGCGCGCGGCGUCAGCGUCGGCGAGGCGCGCACCCAGGCGGACGCCAACGGCGCGGCGGCCACCCGCGGCCGCGGCACCAAGACCGACGGCAACAGCGGCAUCAGCACGGCCACUGAGAGCGACGGCGCCAGCAGCGGCCUCAGCCAGGCGCUGGGCACCGCCUCCCGGCAGACGGUGGGCGGCGUGUCCGAGUCCCGCGCCGACACCAUCUCCGGCACCAAGGGCCAGUCGCGCGGCAGCGCCGGCGUGGCGGGCGCCGGCCGCGCGCGCAGCGCCGCCGUCCAGGCCAACACCACGGCCCUCUCCGGCAGUCAGACCAAGGUGGACGUCAUCGGCGACGGCAGGGCCACGGCCGCAGAGGCCGGCGGCGCGCUCGGCCAGUCGGGCGGCUCGGCCUCCAGGCGCGCCUCGCGCACCGAGGCGGCCAACAAGGGUGAGGUGGAGACCCGCGGCGACGGCGCCGGCGCCGUCGGCGAGUCCAGCUCCAAGGCCACCGCCACCGAGUCUGGCACCAGCGCGGCCGAGUCCUCUGCCAACAACCGGCUGGCGGCCACACGCACCGGCCGCGCCGAGACCAGCAUCUUCACCGAGGGCGGGUCCACGCUCGGACUCGACCAGUUCUCCGGCGACGUGGUCGGCGCCGUCAAGUCGCUCACCUCUGGCAGUCAGAGCUCGCUGGGCAGCGCCAACAGCAAGGUGAACGCGGCCAGCUCGGCGCAGAACGCGCUCGGCGGCGGCGCCGCACUCGGUGACAGCACGUUCCGCGCCCAGACCUCGGGCACCGGCGCCGUCUCCGGUACUCUGGAGACGCGCGCCCAGAACCGGCUCAAGGCCGACGCCCAGCCGGCCCAGCUCAGCCUAGUGGAGCGCAUCAGACAGCAGCAGCAGCAGAAGGAGGCCGAACAGGGCAAGGGCUCCGUGCUGCCCUCUGCCGGCAAGGGCAAGGGGCCGCGGCCGACCCAGCCGCCGCCGCCGCCCACCCUGCCCAGCCCGCCCAGAGGCAAACACUAAACCACUGCCAGCAGCCGGAACAACGACCGAUUCAGACAUCUGCGCGUCAACCGACAUAACUGCAUGAUUCUUGCCGCAUCAUACCGAUGCCCCUAUGUUUUCUUCUUGUAAUCAAAUAAAAAUGUGCCAUCUCGA